AUGGAAGCCUCCAAAAAAGACGAAGCAAUCGAUGUCUCCUCCCCCUCCAAUCCAGCCCAUUGGUACGCCUACGCCUCCUCUGCGUUCCUCAUCUUCCUCUCCCUCCCCCUUCUCCUCUUUCCCCGUCUCCUGCUCCUCCUCUCCACGCCUCGCGGCGCAGUCGGCCAACCCGCACACACCAACGACCAAUCCUCUGUAUCCGCCAUCGGCCCCCAGUUAACCCCUUUGGAGCGAUACGCUUCUCACACAAACGCAAUUUCAAUGCUAGCCAUGGCUGUACUCGUUCUCGUCCUUUCCGGUGCCAUUCCCAUCUCCACCUCCCCUGUCCCUGAUUCUGCUUCUUCGGGCAAAUCUCCCUUCCAAGUCCCCACUGUAGUUGUCACAGCGCUGUACUUUGCAGCAAACGCAUUCACCGCGUGGGUUCAGACUGGACCGAGACAGGCGAAGGAUGCGAUGGAUCCAGCAAGUUUGGGAAUCGGUGCAUUCGGCAAGGUCGUAGGAUUUGCUCAUGCCGCUUUUGCCUUCUGGGGUUUCGGCGUUUUCAUGUUUGGGAACGAUUUGACUAGGAAUGCGAAGAAGACGGGGAAUGAAAGUGCUAAGGAUAAGAGUGUGAGCUCGUUUCCGUUCAAGAACCAAUACGCAAGUCAGGAAAAGGCCAAAAAGUCGAGCUAA